AUCGCUCAGUUUACAACUAGUACUCCUGCUGUAGAUAGUUCAUGGUUAAUAUAAGUGUUAGUGUACCAGUGUCAAAUCGUUGUGCAAUAUUUAUUCAUUUUUACUAAGCAAAAGUGUCAAUGUUAUGUGUGCACAAUAUAUCGAUGAGAUUUAAACGUGCAGUGCAUUGUACAAAAUAAACGUUCGAUAAUAUCAUUCCGCACAUAUUCGUGAGGGUAUAUAGUGGAAAAUACAUAUUAUUUGCUAAAUAAAUCAGCGGACAUAACGCAUAUAAAGCUGAUAUACCAAUCAUCAUGCUUUGGAACACGAUGAGCGACCGGCUGUCCACCGAAAUGCAUGAAAGCAUCGUUUCAAUCGACCCCCAUCUCAAUCCACGCGUAAAACAGGAAGUCAAGAGCCACGUGCUUAGCUCGCGCCGGAAACGGGGUCUAUCUGACAUAGACAUACAGGAAAAAAUGCCGAAGGUGGAACAGGAGCUGACCCCUUACGAGCUGGAUAAGAAGGAGCGGCGGAAGGCACAGAAUCGCCGCGCAGCCGAGAAGUGCCGGAAGAAAAAGCAGAAGGAAAACCAGGAGAUGGCGAAGUGUUAUGACGAAGAAGUCAUUAAGAAUAAGAUGCUACAGGACGAAAAUCAACGUCUCAGGCAGGAAAAGGAAAUGUUGCAGAAAAUACUGGAAGAGCAUCAGUUCAUGUGUCAGCGAGCGAUUUCUCCCUCCCCAAACAACACACCGGGGUUCGAAAACAAGACGAACUUUGAUUUCACCUUCGUGUCUUGCGCAACCGGAUAUCCGGCCCCGUGCCAGUCCGGCAUCCCACGAGAAACGACUACCCCAUUUCAAAUGGAGGAAGAGCCGGAUGUGUUUCAAGGGAAUGACUUUUACCCGACGACGAUCUUCGCCGACCAAAUCAAAUCGGAAGUAGAUUGCAACGCUCCAUCAUGUGCCGUUGCGAACUUGUCUUCCCUCCCAGAUCUUGGUGACUUAGAUUUCAUGGGCAUUUUGAACCCCGUAAGUCCAGAAGAAAUCUGCCAAUAUGGGCGUCAGAGUAUCAGUGACUUUCAGGACAUGUAGCACGAUAGAUAGCUGGGUUGUGGAACAUCAGGGAUGUAGAAGGGGGCUUGAGUGGGUGUUGUGUACAGGGAGUUAAAGGGGGGGGGGGGGAGCUGCGAGGACGGUGCUGUUAGGUUUACUCGCUCGUAGAGACGAUGUGCAUUAUUCUGCUCUGUGUACAAACAUUUCAUGGAAAAUUUGAUCGUGUAAAAAUCAUAUUUUGUUUUUCUAUCUGAAUUUAAGUGGUGGCUAAAAGCCGGUUCAGUUGUGUUUUGACGCACAAUUAUCCAACUUACAUCAUAAUUAAAUAUCUUUAUGCAAUGUUAAUGGUUUAUACGAACUCAUGAUCUAUACAAAUGUUCUGUGUUCCAUAUGUUCCAUUUAUUGGUGCAUUUCAUUCAUCCUUCGUAUAUCAAGUUAAAGACCGCAGGGAUUAUAUCCAAAUAUUCGUCAGAAUCAGUGUUCGUUCUCCCCAACGGGCACGUGCGUCUUGCCUCGCAUAUGCAUGCACUGUUAAGCGCAUAUCCACACAUGCGUGUGCGAGCCUGUGUACGUGUGUGCGCGUCGGGAUACAUGGGAACUAAAUCAGUUUUCUAAUUGAUCUCAUGAACUUAUUUCUUUCAGAAAUUAUGUUUCAUCUUAUUGUGAUUCGACGAAACAUUGUUGUUGAUUGUAUAACUGUGAUCGUAUUACAUUGUAAAUAUGAGAACUAGGCUGUUGUUGUUUAACGCUGAAAUAGACCGGGUUAUUUCAGUAGGCCUCUAAUUUGUUUUGACAGUUGAGUAUUAUAUUUUCACGCAUUAUCUAUUCUUGUCUUGUCCUAUUGUUAUAUUUGACAAGAUAAUUGUGAAGGUUAAAAGAA